CCGCGUGCGGGCGGCGCCCAUUGGCUGGGCGCGAGUGUGGGAACGGCGGCGGGGGACGUUUCACACGAGCCGCGCGCGUGCGGCGCGCGCUAUAAGUAGGAGCGGCCAAGGGCGCGCGGCACCCGCGCCCCGCCGCCGCCCGCCGGCCCGGAGCGCGCGCCCGCCCGCCCCGCCGUCCCCGGCCCCCCCUCCCCCCCCGCCGCUGCUGCCGCGCCUCCUCCUCCGCGGCGGCGGGCGCUGCCGGCGCGGGCGCAGGAUGCCGGCCGACCUGAUGGAGAAGAGCAGCGCCUCGCCGGUGGCCGCCACCCCCGCCAGCGUCAACGCGACGCCCGACAAGCCGAAGACGGCGGCGGAGCACCGGAAGUCCUCCAAGCCCAUCAUGGAGAAGCGGCGGCGGGCGCGCAUCAACGAGAGCCUGGGGCAGCUGAAGACGCUCAUCCUGGACGCGUUGAAGAAGGAUAGCUCGCGGCAUUCCAAGCUGGAGAAGGCCGACAUCCUGGAGAUGACCGUCAAGCACCUGCGGAGUCUCCAGCGAGCCCAGAUGACCGCUGCACUGAGCACAGACCCCACGGUGCUGGGCAAGUACCGCGCCGGCUUCAGUGAGUGCAUGAACGAGGUGACUCGGUUCCUCUCCACCUGCGAGGGUGUCAACACUGAGGUGCGCACCCGGCUCCUGGGCCACCUAGCCAGCUGCAUGACCCAGAUCAACGCCAUGAACUACCCUGCACCACCCCCGCCACCCCCGCUGCCACCAGCCGCAGCCUUUGGGCCACCCCUGGUGCCACCAGGCAGCGGUGCGGGGCCGCUCCCAGGCAUGCCCUGCAAGCCAGGCGCUGACACAGCCAAGGUGUAUGGUGGCUUCCAGCUGCUGCCAGCCUCUGAUGGGCAAUUCGCCUUCCUCAUCCCCAGCACCGCCUUUGCUCCGGGCGGUGCUGUGCUGCCCCUGUAUGGCGGCCCACCCACGGCUGCCACUGCCGCCUCACCGCCUGGCCCGCCACCCAGCACAGCCGACUCGGUCUGGAGACCCUGGUGAGGGUGGUGGGCACUGGACUGGACUGAGCGCUGCACCCCGUGCUGCUGGCACGGCUGUACAUAGGUUAUAUGUUCAUAUUGGAUUGUGCCUUUGUACCAUAGCACUCCCUUGACAGUGUUUCGUGUUUUACACGAGAUCUUUUUUUCUCCCUUCCCUCCCCUUCCUUAUGUGACACCAAAGAUCGGGGCUUCUUUUUUUUUUUUUUUUGAAUGCUCUUAAAAUAAAAGUGUCUCUUCCAUUUUGGAAGGCCUUUGGAGAUAAGUUGGAGUGCUGGCAUGUGUGCAUAGGAGGCAGCCAAGCUCUUGGCUUGCUCUUGAGCUGCUCCAGGGCUGCCUUGUCCUGCUCUCCAGGCUGGAGCUGUCGCUCAGACCCUCUGUCCCCUCUGUCGUCUUCUGAAGUCACCUGGCCCCUCUUCCUUCCCCCAGGGCAGAUGUAAUUACUGCUUCCUUGGGGGCAGCUCAACUGAUCAGACUUGUUAAAAAGAGCUUGUGUUUGCAGAGCUGGUGAAUGUGCUGAGGGAGGCACCUCUGCUCUGUUUCUGGCUCCUCGGGCUGACCAAGUGGAGUAGCCCCGGUAAAGUGAGACAGAUUUGGCUCCCAGUCUAGGCUGCCUGGGUGAGCCUCCUGCCCUGGACCAGGAGGGGCCGGCUCCCAGGCUGUGGUGUAAAUCGCGAAUGACUUCAGUCAGUUGAUUUAGAGCGGUGCCUGCCAGCUUCUCCUGUUACAAAAACCAGCGGCUCUCCGCAGGACAAGCCUGACACGAGUGCUCCUGUCUCCUGGCUGACAGGCUGCAGCAGGCGCUGAGCACCACCUCCACCUGGACUUAAAAGCACAGAGUUGUUCCUGGCCCUGAGCACCAGCCAGGCUGUGCUUGAUGAUUAAUGCUCUGCAUGUGUUUUUGAUAGAGCUGGGCAUUUCCUCUGCUGUUCUAUGGAAAACAUGUGUCUGGGGGAGUGAUGUGGGGCUGU